AUGGUAUCAAUGCGACUAUUGAUGAAUAGUCUACGAAAGAGGAAGCUACUCGUGGCUAUCCAAGUGGUAGUGUUGUUUCUUAUUUUCAGCCACUCUUUUGGUACUGAUUAUUUGAUACCAUACAACAGCAACACAGAAUAUGCAUCUUCUGCCGCGCGUGUCCAGCCGAUGCAGCUGCCUGAUCCAGUUGCUAAAAAGACUCUUAUCGGAAACGUGUUGAGGGCUGCCCUAGACGCUAAGCCAUCGCCAUUUAAGCUAGAUAGAGAUGCUUUGAAGACCAGCAGUUGCCCAAAGAAAGGUGAUGUCUCAUCGGGAGGUAUUGACCAAUUCCACUGGACGUCCGCAAAGAACCUGAAGGCGUGCUUGAACCUGGAUGAUUACGCCAUCAAAACAUUGUCUGAAGCCCACUCAAGGUACAUGAAGACUCUCUUUAACGAUAAAGGUGAGUUUGCCAUCUCAAAAUCCGACUUUAAGAAGCUGUAUCCUAAUGAGAAAGGUAUAGUCACGCUUGGUGGAGGUAGAUAUACUAUCCUGGCCAUGCUAAUGAUCGAAACUGUGAGACGCCAUGGAUCUACACUACCAGUUGAAGUGAUGUUCCCGCCUGAAGACGAAGGUGAAUUUGAUUUCUGUAACAAUUGGCUACCAAAACACAACGGUAGGUGUGUUAUGAUGAGUCAAGAAGUCCCAUUUGAAAUUCUCCAAAAGGACAAAGAGGUUAGAUUCAAGAGUUACCAGAUUAAGUCAUUGGCCCUGCUCUUAACAUCUUUUAAGCAGUUUGUGUUCAUCGAUGCCGACAACAACGCCAUGAAGAACAUAGAUCACAUCUUCGAUACCGAGGCAUUCAAGACCCACGGUUUGAUUUUAUGGCCUGAUUUGUGGAAGAGGUUCACCAAUCCAGGCUUCUACGAUAUUGCCGGUGUAAAGUAUGACUUGGGUAAGAGAGUAAGAAACGUUAACGACGAUGCAUCCCCUCCAGAAACCUAUGAUCCUAACCAUUCCAUCUAUACUACACACGACCUAAAGCAAAGAGAAGAAAUCGCAAAACACUUAUAUGAGGAUGUAUCCCUUGCCGACCUGGAUGGUACAAUAGCUGAUACCACCACAGAGUCUGGACAGAUGAUGGUUGACAACAAGAAGCAUUUGUCAACUCUAUUGUUGGCCCUUUAUUAUAACAUUUAUGGCCCUGAUCUUUACUAUUACAUGAUGUCAAUGGGGACUGCUGGUGAGGGUGACAAAGAGACAUUUAUUUCUGCUGCUCAUGUACUACAUCUUCCAUAUUACCAAGUCAAAACUAACAUAGGCUUCGAUGGAUAUGUUAACGAUGUUGAUAAUCAAUUCAAAGGUGUUGGCUUGAUGCAAACAGAUUUUGAACAAGAUUACCAAAGACACAAGCAAGUAUUAAAGGAGUUGGCCACUGAAAAACCAUUAGAACCUGUGAAGUACCAACUUCCAAAUCAUUUCCAAGAUAAAAUGAAGAAUCCAGAUGGAACUUCCUUGGAUAUAAUGUUUUUGCAUGCCAGUUUCCACAAGUUCGAUCCUGCUGACCUGGCAAAAUCGAAGCAAUACUUCAAGCAAAACGGGGAGCAAGUCCGUGGUUAUAAUAGAAUCGAUGCGUACAAAAACUUCGAUUUUGAGUUAUUUAGCUUCAAGAAAUUGUACGAUAACCUUUGUACCUCUGAUCACAUAUCUUUUAAAUCAUUGAAGAAACAUGAGGGCACGGAAUUCUGGACUUCUAUGUGCAGUUACUUCAAACAAAGGGUUGACUUUUUAACUAAAACUAAGCCUGCCAAUGCAUUCAUAUGA